AUGACGCUGGAAGACUUUGAGAAAUCAUUGGCGCAGGAUCAGGAGAAGAGGAGGGAAACCAGUGACCGGGAUCGAAGUCACCGAGACCGUGAUCGUGACCGCAGCAAAGACCGAUCAUCGCGACACCAUCGCCAUCACCGGUCCAGCCACCACCACCGACGCCAUUCGUCCCGAUCUCGCGAACGAGGAAGCGAAAAAGAUCGCGAGUCCCGACACCAAGAUGAUGAUGGUCACAGACAUAAGCGCUCGCGCCGUGAUAACCAAGGGGACGAUGAAGACCACGCGCAGAAGCGUCGACACCGCUCCAGCCGCGAUGAAGAAGAGUCCUCUGCGCCUAAAACGGUUACUCAGGAGGAACCCAGUCAGCUGAAGCGUGACUCCUGGAUGCAGGCGCCCUCUGCGCUCGAUAUCGAAUACGUUCAUCGACGAGACACUACUCGGGUGGAAGAGGUACCGAAGCCUACAAUGCUUCAAGCCGACUUUGAGCUCAAAAUCCACGAAAAAGAGCUCAAUAGUCAUCUUCGUGACCUCAAGGAAGGAAAGCAGCUGGAUGAUAUUCAAGAAGAGCCGUCACAGCAUGAAGUGGAUUACACGUUUGGAGAUUCAGGGUCUCAGUGGAGAAUGGCCAAGCUCCAAGGUAUCUACAGAGAAGCCAAGGAAACCGGCAAACAUGUCGAUGAUGUUGCCCUCGAACGCCUUGGGGACCUCCGAACCUUCGAUGAUGCACGCGAAGAAGAAAAUGAAUUGGAUCGACGCAAGAUGUACGGCAAAUCCUAUGUGGGCAAAGACAAACCGAGUGGAGAGCUGUUCCAAGAGAGAAAGCUCAAAAACGACAUCCGCAGAGACCGACAAGACCAUGUUCGUGAUCCAGCAGACGAACUUAAAGCCGAGGGGCAGGGACAAAAGAUGGAUGUCGAGCCCCCGGCAAAGUUAACGCAGAAUUUGGAUCCCACAGCAUUGAAUCGUCUCAGGGCACAGAUGAUGAAGGCAAAACUGAAGAACGCCUCAAAUGCGGCUGAGCUCGAAGAGCAGUACAAUGCUGCAGCUGCGAACAUGUCCAACCGCAAGGAAUCUGGUGUUGUUGUGCUAGGUGUUCAGCAGAACCGGAUGCUCGCUGGCGCACGCAAUGAAGUCGUGCCCGUAGACAAUAAGAGGGGCCGCGAGAGGGGUCUGGUGCAAGCGAAUGAAGACAUGACUAUCGAGGAUAUGGUGCGUGAGGAACGCAAGACUCGGGGCCAAGCUGGGGGAGAAGGCAAGCGGUUGGCGGAGCGCAUCGCGGGUGAUGGUAAAUUCGAGAACGAACUUGAAUAUAUGGAUGACAAUGCUUCCAAACUGGCAAAGAGAGUUCAUCGCUCUGAGAUUGACAUUAAGAACGCGACAGUCAAUGACUUCCGUAAGAUGAACAAGAUCUUGGACAACUGCCCGCUUUGCCAUCAUGAAGACACCAACACACCCCCAAUUGCACCAGUUGUUUCCCUCGCAACCAGAGUUUAUCUUACCCUUCCCACCGAACCCGAAAUCAGUUCCGGCGGGGCCACAAUUGUACCCAUUCAGCACCGGAACAAUCUAAUAGAAUGUGACGACGACGAAUGGGAGGAAAUACGAAACUUCAUGAAGAGCCUCACGCGCAUGUAUCAUGAUCAGGGCCGUGAUGUGAUUUUCUACGAGAACGCAGCUCAACCACAACGCAAGCGUCAUGCUUCUAUGGAGGUGGUUCCCCUCCCGUACAGUCUUGGAGAAACGUCUCCUGCGUUCUUCAAAGAGGCAAUUCUCAGUGCUGAAUCUGAAUGGUCCCAACAUCGCAAGCUAAUCGAUACACUUGCAAAGUCCAAACAGGGAUUGGGGCGAUCUGCAUUCCGGAAAACUUUGGUGAAGGAAAUGCCCUACUUCCACGUCUGGUUCGAACUGGAUGGUGGUCUAGGACACAUCGUUGAAGAUGAGAAUCGCUGGCCUCGUGGCGAUCUAUUUGCCCGUGAGGUCAUUGGAGGUAUGCUCGACGUAGCACCUGACGUUAUCAAACGCCAGGGUCGCUGGCAACGGGGUACCGACCGACGAGUGGAACCGUUCAGAAAACGCUGGAGAAAGUUCGAUUGGACUCGCAUCUUGGUUGAAGAAUAG